CCGCAUCUACCCUGGCGAAGGCAGAGCCCGCUUGCUUCCUCCCUCCUUCUCCCCGCGGCGGGCGAAGGGCAAAGCUGGCACGAGGCGGCGGCUCCUGCCUGCCGUGGCCUCCCCUCCUCCCCCUCCCUCCUCUCCCCGCUCAGCCCGUCCGCCAGUCCGUCCUCCUCGGCUCUCACUUGCAGCCGGGGCUGGCAGGGAGGCGACAGCGGUGCCAGUCUUCUGCGUACUGUCCACCUGCCUGCCUGCUUCUCCCUCUCUGCCGCUGCGAGUCCGGGCAGGAGGCAGGCCGGCUCUUUCCCUGGAAAGGCGGAGGAAGUGACCGCAGGACGGAGAGGGCUGACCGGCCGCCUGAACAGGCAGGUCACCAGCCCAAAUGGGAAAUGGCUCAGUGAAACCCAAGUACCUGAAGAGGCCAGAUAGUCAUGUGGGCAACUGCCCUUUCGGUUGUUCAGCUGGUGGCAAGUUCUUGAAAGACCCGGGUUUGAACAUCAGCACCAUCACAGGCGCUGCAGAUAUCCUGAGAAGCAAGGUUUGGGAGCUCGAAAGGGAACUGAAGAGGCAGGAGGAAGAGUUGCAGGAGAGGAACUAUCACAUCAUCGAGCUCCAGGAACAGCUGGCUAAGCAAACCAGAACCAUCGCAGACCUUACUGAGGAGCUCAAGUGUAAAUGCAUCCAGCUGAACAAGCUGCAGGAUGUUGUGGACACCCAAGGAGCAAACCCCUUCCUCUUCUCCCCUCUUAAAGAGGUGCCCAGGAUUAGCCAAGCAGCAUGCAGUAACAGGAGGAGAGGUGCUAAGGAAGGGGUGUCUGCAGAGCCAACGACCCGGACAUACGACCUGACAGAGCAGCCUCGGUUUUCCUUUGAAAAGGCAAGGGUCAGAAAGGCCUCCAGUGAGAAAAAGCUCAUCACGGAUGCCCUGAGCAGAAACCAGUUUCUGAAGAGGCUGGAUCCACAGCAAAUCAGAGAUAUGGUAGAAUGUAUGUACGGAAGAACAUACCAGCAAGGGAGCUAUAUAAUCAAACAAGGGGAGCCUGGCAACCAUAUAUUUGUACUGGCAGAGGGCAGGUUGGAGGUCUUUCAGCAGAACAAACUGCUCUCGUCAAUUCCUGUAUGGACAGCAUUUGGGGAGCUGGCAAUUUUGUACAACUGUACAAGGACAGCCUCUGUUAAAGCUGUCACCAGUGUGAAAACAUGGGCAUUGGACAGAGAGGUUUUCCAAAAUAUAAUGAGACGGACAGCCCAAGCAAGGCAUGAACAGUACAGAAACUUCCUCCGAAGUGUGUCUUUGCUGAAGAAUUUGCCUGAGGAUAAACUAACAAAGAUCAUAGACUGCUUGGAAGUGGAAUACUAUGACAAAGGUGAUCAUGUUAUUCGUGAGGGAGAAGAAGGAAGCACCUUCUUUGUCAUCUCCAGAGGGACGGUUAAAGUUACCCAGACAGCAGAAGGCCAUACACAGCCGCAGCUGAUUAAAACUUUGCAGAAGGGAGACUAUUUUGGGGAAAGGGCCCUGAUCAGUGAUGAUGUCAGGUCUGCUAAUAUAAUUGCAGAUGAAAAUGACGUGGAGUGUCUUGUUAUUGACAGAGAAACCUUCAAUCAGACCGUGGGGACGUUUGAAGAACUCCAGGCAUAUCUGGUGGGUUAUGUGGCUACUCUGGCACGUGAUGAUGAAAAGAGACAUGCUCAAGUUUCUUCCUUGGAGCGACUCCCCAGUGAUGUCUCUUUGGAGAUGAUACAGCUGAAAGAAAAAGUAACCCAGUUUCCUUCCACCUGCCCAUUUCAGAAUCUGGAAAUUGUUGCUACUCUGGGUGUUGGUGGAUUCGGAAGAGUUGAGCUCGUUAAAGUUAAGAAUGAGAAUGUAGCAUUUGCCAUGAAGUGUAUCAAGAAGAAGCAUGUUGUGGAUACCAAGCAGCAGGAGCACAUCCACUCUGAAAAAAGAAUUCUAGAAGAGGUCUGUUCUCCAUUUAUUGUGAGAUUGUACCGCACUUUCAAGGACAACAAAUAUGUUUACAUGCUCUUGGAAGCCUGUCUUGGAGGUGAAUUAUGGAGUAUCCUCAGAGACAGAGGCAGCUUUGACGAAACCACAACGAAGUUCUGCAUUGGGUGUGUGACAGAAGCGAUUGAAUAUUUGCAUCGUAUCAGUGUUAUCUACAGGGACUUGAAGCCAGAAAACUUAAUUUUGGAUGCCCAAGGGUAUAUAAAGUUGGUUGAUUUUGGGUUUGCUAAGAAGAUUGGCGCUGGACAGAAGACCUGGACCUUCUGUGGCACUCCUGAAUAUGUGGCCCCUGAGGUCAUUCUGAACAAAGGACAUGAUUUCAGUGUGGACUUCUGGUCUCUUGGAAUACUUGUCUAUGAACUGCUUACAGGAAAUCCUCCAUUUUCUGGGGUUGAUCAAAUGAUGACCUACAAUUUGAUUCUAAAAGGUGUUGAAAGGCUGGAUUUUCCCAGAAUAAUAACAAAGCGGCCUGAAGAUCUGAUUCGGCGGCUCUGCAGACAAAACCCUACUGAGAGACUAGGUAAUCUGAAGAAUGGAAUACAUGAUAUCAAAAGGCACAGGUGGCUGAAUGGAUUCAACUGGGAUGGACUUAAAGCAAGGAAGUUAACAUCGCCUUUAAAAAGAGAGCUUUCAGGUCCAAUGGAUUACAGCCACUUUGACAGAUACCCACCUGAACAAGGAGUCCCACCUGAUGAGCUUUCAGGCUGGGAUAAGGAUUUCUGAGAAGACUACACUUGUUGGUCAAUCCUUGUAAGCAACUACAGAUUGUUUGCAGUCAUUGCAAACAUCCUUAUUGAGAAUGCAAAGCAACUGCAUUCCAAACAGUGGAACUUUUGCAUUUAGAUUCCUUGGGUGUGGCUCACACCAUAAUUUGCUCUACAACUUCACAGCAUGAAGGGUUUGUGUAUAACAAGAAGCCCUUUGAAAGAGGGGCUGGAGAUGGGAAAGUGUCACUCCCCAGUUAAUUACAAACUGAAUUCUUCAUUCAUCUCUUAUAGAGGUGUGUAAUGUUUUCCUUAUGUCAGCAUCUGUGUUCUGGCGGGCUUUGUAUACAAUGGCUUGCAUACCACGCCAAUGGAAGAGCAGGGCACAUGCCCUGGCAUUGUGUGAUUGCAAACUUGUGAUUGCAAACCCCUGCUAACUUUGGCAAAGAGGCACCUUUUAACGUGGUGAUUCUCUUUAUUUAGCAGUGGGGGGAGUAACUGGCCCUUUUUAGAUUGUGAGCCCUUUGGGGACUGGAAUCCAUCUUAUUUAUUUGUUAUUUCUCUGUGUAAACCGCCCUGAGCCAUUUUUGGAAGGGCAGUAUAGAAAUUGAAUGAAUGAAUGAAUGAAUGAAUGAAUAAACCACAUCCUCGCUGCUA